AUGCAUUUUUCGUAUCAGGAAUCUUGUAAAAUUGUAAAAGUGAGAGUUAAUCUGAUAAAAAGGCAUUUACAGGUGUUUGUUUUGAAAAGUCACGUGAUUGGAAACGAGGUUUUUGCGAGCAUGCCAGUGUAUACACAUUUUGAGUUGACGUCUCUUAAACAUGGAUUAUGGAGUAUAGAUUGAAUUAAAGAGUUACAAUGGAUAAGAAAACAAAAGAUACCAAGAAAAAAGAUGGAAAGUUUGUGUCAGCAGCAGGGGAUGAUGGAGAUGGGGCCAAGGACCGGAACCCGAAACGAGCCCAAAAAGCCGAGGCCAAGGAUGUUAAACCUCCCACGGAGAGGAAGAAACCGAAACACGUAGGAAACGACAGUAAGAGUGUGGUGGAAAUGGGAACUCGUAAAGACACUGUGUCACCCAAUCUACGCAGCUCACAGACAGCUGGCAAUGAUACAAAAACCUGCUACUUCUUUAAAGACGAGGAUUAUCGUUUCCCAGGCGUCAAAAUCGCCCUAAAUCCCCGCAAAUACAAGAAAUUUGAUACCCUGUGUUUAGAACUGUCCCGUAAAAUUCCUGGACUUGGUUUUGGAGUGCGGUCUGUCACUACCCCUACAGGACAUACACGGAUAUCAAAUCUAGACGCCCUGACACACGAGGGUAAAUACAUCUGCUCCUCCAGUCGUGUGAACAUCAGGGGGCUGGACAUGAGUCGGGUGGGAGGAAAAGAAGUUUGGCACUUUGCCAGACCCCCGAGUGGCAGAAGGCUGCUGAAUCAAAUUCUGAGGGAGGACGGGGAGUUCAGGGAGCCUCGCUUUAAGAAAUCCAAAAAGCCGUACGACAUGGCUACGGUGUACAACAGAAACCAACCUAAAAAGAUCACGGUGCUGAAAAACGGGGAUCCAACUUAUAGACAUGUGUUAUUGUUAAAUCGAAGGACUGCACAGCAGUUUGAACAGGUGCUCUAUGAUCUCAGUGAAAUGUUUAAGUUUGCUGUGAGGAAGUUAUGUACCACAGAGGGGAAAAGGAUUGGUGGGUUGAAUCAGCUGUUUAUGGGACCAGAGACAGUUGUAUGCUGUGGAGCAGAACCUUUUAAACACAUGGAUGGAAGCGGGUACUACGCCACACCCAGAAUCAUGUCUCGUGUCUCCCUGAACACCAGAGGGUCAGACCCUGUAGCCAAUCGCAUGAAAAUGAAGAGAAACCGCUUGACCAAUACAAAGGGAGAAUGGAAGGUGACAGUGAAGACAAAUGGACAUCCGUCGGCCUCCACACAAGCUCAGGUCACCCUCACCGUGUACGGACACAAGGGGAAUUCUGGUCCUAUAUCACUCGGCAGCGGAGACGGCAGCAACUUCAAAUCCGGGAGCACCGACGACUUUGAUAUUUCAGUCGGAAAUGUGGGUGAGAUUUACAAGAUUCGGAUUGCCCAUGAUAACUCAGGGGAUUCCCCUGGCUGGCUUUGUGAUGAGAUUAAGAUGAAGGACAAGGACACGGAUGAAGAUUUGACCUUCACCUGUAGACGCUGGCUCGCAAGAGACGAGGAUGAUUACGAGAUUUGUCGAGAACUUCCUGCUGUCAGAAAAGGGGAACCAAUUUUACCAGUGGUGCGGUACAAUGUAUACGUGACGACCGGUAACCUGUGGGGAGCCAGCACUGAGGCCAAUGUUUACAUGACGAUGUAUGGUGACCGCGGUGAUACGGGGGUCAGGCAGCUGUAUUCUCCCUCCAAAGGAUGCUUCCAGCAGGGCAGGACUGAUACGUUCACUGUGGAGGCGGUGUCCUUGGGUCAUCUGAAGAGAAUCAUUGUGGGACAUGAUGGCACAGGGGGAGGAAAUGGUUGGUACCUGGAGAAAAUUGUGGUGAAAGAGCCAUCUGGUAGCAAAAUGCAUGACGAAUCUGUGUUCCACUGUGGAAAGUGGUUGGAUGAGGGACAGGAUGAUGGGAAGAUCGUUCGCGAGCUCAAGGUUCAGGAGGAGUAUAUGGACGAUAUCCUAGAGAAGCGAAAUUGGGAAUAUGAGAAAUGGAAAUUUGAGAAGGACUGUCAGGUCAAACUUUACUCCCUGGCCUCGGGCAAAGCUGUAAGGAUCAAACAGAGCGGGGCCAUUGACGCACUCGGCAACGACCUGGAUUUCCAUGCUGUGUUUAACGUGGUUCAGCGGAAGGUCAUGGUCAGAAUGUUUAACAGUGUCCCUGACCCCAACUCCUUCAUCUCCAUUGACAACGGAAAAAUGGUCAUGCAUAAGGGGAGUGGUCCAUACUGUGAGUUCAGACUGAGGGUCCAGGGUGACCGGUCCAUUAUGUUUGAGUCGGUGAAGAACCCCCUGCAGUUUCUGACUUUUGGUGAAGAUGGGCAUCCAGAGGACGUCAGGGGAAUACUGGACAAAGAAAAGACCAGGAGGUUCUACGUUUACUGCAAGGGUAUGUUCAGACAUAGAGGCGUGGUGAUUCUCUCCACCUCCUUAUAUCAGGCUAUCAACAUCAACUCUGAUCUAUCAAUGACAGCUCUAGGUACCCCCUCAAGUAAAAUGGCACAGUUCAGAGUUCACAAGGUCACAGAGAACGGGGUCAGGAUGUUUGAAAGCAUUUCUCAUCCUGGAAAGUACAUUCGCCUGAAGGACGGGAAAAUUGAUUGUCAGGGAAUUCGAGAUGAGGCCUCACAUUUUAUUGUGGAGAAACGCCGAGCCGGGGGAUAUGUCAGCUUGCAGUCUGCUUCACAAAGAGGCUUGUAUCUGGGAAUGAAGCCUGAUGGGAGAAUCUGGCCAACAGUGGAUACGGGGGUCAACAAUGUUCAUCUGUACCCACAGGUUGUGGAAUGGGGAGCGAGGAAGACGCCUAGCAUUGCUGAAGUGGAGGAAGAGGAGGAAGAAAUGGAGCCAGCGAUAGCGGAAUCUCCUCUGAUAGCGACGCCACAGCCGAUCAAACCGGGUCACGCAGUGUUUUUGACUGAGGACGCUCAAUAUCGAGUUGGGGAGGAUGACUGGAACAUCCAUGUGUCCACCAUUGAGCAGUUGAUGAACGCUGAUGUGGCGCUGGUGGCCUACGGAGAUAGCGGUAGUUCGGGAGGAAUCCGAUUAGAGGCGCCGCCAGGGAGAGAGAUCUUCCAGCCUAACAACGAAGAUGGAUUCAGGUCCACUCUUAAGGUUGGAAAGUUUUACAAAAUUCGACUUGAGCUACUGCCAAAAUCCUCAUCAAAGAAGCCGUCCUGGAAAGUUAACGAGGUUAGACUAACGAAUGUGGUCACGGAGCAGACAUUCGUCUUCACGUUUAACCGCUGGUUGUCACGGGAACAUGAGGAUAUGGAGAUCAUGAGGGAACUUCCUGCUGUCUGGCCAGGGGAGGAAACUCCUCCAGUUUUUAAGUACUAUGUCCUGGUACACACCGGUGACGUGGAUGAAGCGGAAACCAAUGCUGAGGUUUAUCUGAAUAUUUAUGGAGAGAAGGGAGACACAGGGAAAAGGGUCCUUCUUAACUCAAACAACACCAACAAGUUCAGGAGUGGACAGGUGGACAUUUUUGAGAUUGAGGCUGUGUCGUUAGGGAAGCUGGAGAAGUGCAUUGUGGGACAUGAUGGGACAGGAAGUGACCAGGGUUGGUUCUUAGACCGAAUCACAGUAAGGGAAAGUGAGGAAUCAAAAGAGGAAUACAUCUUCCCGUGUGAAAAGUGGCUAGAUGUCAAUAAAGAAGACCGGCGCAUCGAGCGAACCCUGGCUGUCAAGGAGGUUUUACCUGUCCAGGUGGACACCAUUAUAGAAGAGGAUGAAGAAAAUACCAUCAAAGAGGGAGACUGGAAGAUUUGGAUCACCACUGGCAAGGAGGAAUCCAUGGCGACCAGUAACAUGGUGUUCUUGUAUGCCUAUGGAACCAAUGGAAGUGCUGGACCACUGAAGCUUGGGAAUGGAAAAGAUGGCUUCUUCAGGGCUGGAACGACAGACAUAAUUAAGAUGUCAUUUGGCAGUGGUGCAGGGGAGGUAUACAAAAUCCGGAUUGGACACAAUGAGGCCUACCCUGGGAGUGGAUGGUUUUUAGAGAGGCUGAAGCUUCAGGACUGCUCUAACGGCGACGAGUUCAAUAUUGAGGUCAACAGGUGGCUGUCUCGUUCCCAUGACGACGGUGAUGUGUGGAGAGAAUUCGCAAUCUCCCAGAUUGGAAAAGUUUUACCAGUGGUGACUUACACGGUGGAGGUAUACACAGGGUCAGAGGAGGCAGCCAGCACCACCGCCGGCGUCUUUAUCUGUAUUUAUGGGAGACGUGGUGACACAGGCAAACGCAAACUGUUCAAGUCCAAAACAUCUAAUGACCCAUUCCAGAAAGGGGCACAUGACAUCUUUGAGUUGGAGGCGGUGUCCCUGGAUGAAGUGGACCGCAUUGUGAUUGGUCACGACAAGAAAGGCUCGGACCCGUCCUGGUAUCUGGACAAGGUCAUCAUAAGGUCAGAAGAAAAACCAGACAAGGACUACAGAUUCACCUGUGACAGGUGGUUGUCGGAGACAGAGGGAGAUGGUAAAUGUGAGGUGGAGUUGACUCCAGGCUGGUUCACAGAGAAAGCUACUAAAUCCAGAGGAGAGUUCAGUCUGUCGGUGAAGACCAGUGAGGACUCGUCCCCUGCUGGUGGGGGUAAGGUGGACCUGACCGUAUAUGGAGAGAACGGGAGAAGUGAGGAUAUCACCCUGACUGCCCCCAGCCCCGGGGAUAAACUGUUUGAGCCAGGGAACAUUGACAGCUUCACUAUCAAUGUGGGUGAUAUAGGUGACCUGUAUAAGAUUCGAGUGAGUAGAGAGGAUCUCCACACGUGGAAGGCGUGGCACCUCGAGGAACUCAAGCUACAGGACCUGGACACCAGCGAGGUGUUUAUUGUCCGGUGUGAUCGCUGGCUCUCCAGAGAAAAAGACGACUUUGAUCUCACACGGGAGUUCCCAAUCAUCCACAAAAACAAACCACCACCACAAGUUCAGCAGUUUGAAGUGGAGGUUACCACUGGGAAUCACUGGGCAGCAGAGACAGAUGCGGACAUCUUUGUUACUAUAUUUGGAGAUAAAGGGGACACCGGACGACGGAAAUUGUAUCACUCCCUCCAGGACGGGGACAAAUUCCAGCGGGGAAAGGUUGACAGAUUCCUGUUUGAGGCAGUUUCUCUUGGUCAACUCAGUCAAGUACAAAUAGGUCACGACAGUAAAGGUCACGGCGCUGGGGUGUACAUAGAGGAUGUCAAGGUCACGGAGAAGUCCAGUCCUGACGUCCAGUACGUGUUUCCAUGUCAGUCCUGGCUGGACGAGAGAGAAGGGGACAAAAGAACAUGGAGGGUCUUACCAAUGCUAGAAAAGAGAGAUCCAGCAAAGAGACCCCCACAAAGAGAUUUAAAGAAGAAAUCAAAGGGUAAAUGGUCAGUGACAGUGAAGACCAGUGAAGAGAAGGAUUCUGGGACAGGAGCUCAGGUGUAUCUGACGGCAUUUGGUACAAAGGGACAGUCUCAAAAGCAGCCGCUGGGGUCAGGCCAACCAGAUCAGCGUGAAUUCACUCCAGGGGCUGUCUCAGAAUUUAAUGUAGACUUUGGUGACGUUGGAGAUUUGCUGAAGAUCCGACUCGAACACAACAACAAGAAUGACUCGCCCUCCUGGCAUGUUGACUGGGUGGAGAUGACUGACGUGGAUACAAAUGAGCACCACAAGAUUUUUAUAAACCGGUGGUUCUCUGUUGAUGAGGAGGACGGUCAGGUUGUCAGGGAGUUCUCCAUAGAUCACCCCGGGGACAUGCCCCUCCCAGUUUGUCAGUACGUGAUUUUGGUGCAGACCUCCUUGACCUCUGACCCUGGAGCCAGUGAAGGUCAGGUCAGCAUUAAUAUCCAGGGAGAGUAUGGUGACACUGGAGAGAGGAGACUGAGCGGGAAAUCACCAUGGAAACCGGGAGAGGAGGCCUCCUUCAUUAUCGAGUCGAUUAAUCUCGGUGCUCUCAAAAAAAUCCAGCUCCACUUUGAAAGUCGAGGAACGAGUUGGUCAGUGGAUAGAGUGAGGAUUUUUGAGAAACCCACAGCAAUUUAUCAGACUGUGUUCAACUGCCAUUUUCUGUUUGAUUUGUUGCCUGGGGGCAGCAAAGUAUCCCAGGAAUUCCCAGCUGAAGCUGUACAGCCGUGUGAAGUACCCAGUAAGGUGGUUGAGCGUUUCUACGGUGAUAUCUCUCCACUUGUCUCUAAGGGUCGCUGGCGAAUCCUGGUGGAGUGUGGAAAAAACGGAACAGAGGAUGACAUCUUCCUAGUGGUGUACGGGGUCAAAGGUCACUCCACCCCCUAUCACAUCAACAGCAAGGAAAAGCUUUCACCUGGUGCUCUUAUUAUCUCUGAUUUAAAUGUAGGGGACAUUGGUGCAAUAUUCAAGGUUCAUUUAUACUAUGGUGGAGAUUUUACUGGUACUCCAUGGUUCCUCAAUAAAUUAAAGUUGAAAGAUGCUGACACAAAACAGCAGUUUAUGUUCACUCACAACAAACUGAUAGAGCCCACGACAGACAAUCCUACAGGGCUGGUGGAACUUCCUGCCAUUCGACCUGAUCUCGCCCCUCUGCAAGAGGAUGAGUAUACUUUGUACGUAUCCACCGGUAACCUACACUUGGCAGACACAUCAGCUGAUGUGUCGUGUAAUCUGAUUGGUGAAUGGGGAGAUACAGGGUCAAGGUUACUGGCAAAAUCAACCAAUCAGGUGCCAUUCAGGCAGGGACAGGUUGAUGAGUUUAAGAUUCGGGGUCUGGAGCUUGGAAAGCUAAGGGAGGUUGUGGUCAGUCACACAGAACGGGGUCGUGGACGAGGUUGGUUCUGUGACCGGGUCGUGGUGAAGUCCACUCUGUCCAAUGUUCUAAAGGUCUUCCCCUGUAACCAAUGGCUGGACACGGGCUGUGAGGACCGACAACUGGUCAGACAUCUCCGUCCACUGGGUCAGAUGCCGGUCAGCAAUCCACCAGUCAGAGGCAAAUCUAAGGGAGUCUGGAUGUGUACCGUGAAGACGGCAGAUAUUGACCAACUUCCUGAUGUGGCAAGAAAUCGCAGCAGUAAAUCGCGGGAAGUGUCCCUGACAGUUUACGGCAGUGAUUCCGUACACGGGCCGGUGGAACUAAUCAGCUCUCAGGGGGAACCCUUCUUACCAGGGCAGACGGAUACGUUCUCUGACUUGACCUUUGGUGACCUUGGGAGGAUCCAGAAGGUCAGGGUCAGUGCCGGCUACGAGCAGGACCCAGACACAGUGUGGACCGUAGAGAAGGUGACCUUGAAGGACCAAGACACCGGGGAGAUCCUAGAAUUUGACUUUUCCCGAUGGAUCGGAGAGUUGGGAGGGGAUAUCAGAAAAGAACUCCCCGUCAUCAAAAUGGGACAAGGAAUCAAACAAGUUCUGCCGUACCACAUACAGCUGUUUACAAGUGAUGAAGAAAUGGACGCUGGGACUGAAUCCCACGUGUUUAUCACACUUUACGGACAGGACGCAGACACUGGCAGACGACAUCUCCACAGUAAUGGCCGAAAAAACUUCCAGGCUGGUCAGGUUGACUCUUUCACUGUGGAAGCUGUAGAUCUGGGAGAAUUGGAGAAGAUUGUGAUCGCUAAGGGCCCUGGAUUACCAUGGUUACUAGACAAAGUGGUUGUCAAGGAGAGUCAAUACAGUGCAGUCCAAUACAACUUCCUGCAUGGAAAGUGGAUUGGGUCCAAAGACACAAAGAAGCAGGAAGUAGAAGAAACCAUCAGACUGAGUACAACUGAACCGAGCGCUGUAGUCAUUCCCGCCAACCAAAUCAAAGAUUUACCACAAUCAAAUGGGGCAUGGAAGAUCAGUACAGACACGGGGGGCCAGAAAGGGGGAGUGCCUCUGGAUCUUGUGGUCACAUUCAUCGGCAGCGAGGGGGAAAGUGAGCUUUGUCCACUCAAGUCCUCCAGAGAAAACCCUUUCCAGAUCGGACAGAAGGAUGUGUGUGAGAUCAAGUUUGCAGCAGAUAUAGGAGAACUUUAUAAGCUUCGGCUCGGUUACCUUGACAUCACAAAAAAGAAAGGCUGGUUACUUAGAAGGAUAACUUGUGAGGACUUGGACACAGGGGACAUGUUUACCUAUGACCUCAAUGACUGGGUCAUGGUGGACGAGAAGUCUGAUGGAUGGAGGGAAAUACCUGUCCACUGGCCGGCCCUCCCCAUACCUAAAGUGUUGAAGUACCAGGUGAUCACCUAUUCUUAAGGACCGCUUCACACAGGACCAGUACAAUCUAAAACGACUUCUGAAACAUUCCCUGACGGCAGCCUGGGCAGCUCUGGAAAACGACUUCUGAAACAUUCCCUGACAAACAAGGACCGCUUCACACAAGACCAGGUGGACCAGUUUGAAGUGGAGGCUGUAGACCUGGGAACCCUACAGAAGGUGGUCAUUGGACAUGAUAGUCUAGGAGAAGGUUUGUAUGACUCUACAGAUUCUUCCUUUGAUUCAAACUUUCCAUGUGAGCAUUGGUUGGAUGAGGGAGAGGAAGAUGCUAAGAUAGAGAGGACCCUGCUAUUGUCUGAGGAAGUGGUGUUUGAAGAUGACAUGCCCCCCACACUACAAGUUAAAAGUCCCUCCCCAGUAGCGAGGCAGAAAUCGGUGACACCAGCACCCAGAGAGAAGACCAAGACCCCAACACCUACUCCAAGACAGAAAACGAAAACUCCCACACCAGUCCCCAGGGAGAAGUCAAAAAGUCCUGAGCCAACACCACAGGAGAAAGCCAAAACUCCCUCCCCACCACCAAAACAGAAGACAAAAAGUCCCUCUCCACUUCCACUGAAAUCUCCCUCCCCACCCCUGGUCGUAGCUUCUGAAGAUGUGUCUGAUAAAGUAGAUUCUCCAAAACCUGCUUCAUCAGAACAAGAGAAGACAGCCUCACCAGGAGCUGGGGAUGAAAAGCCGGUGUCUCCCAAACCAAGUGAAGAAGAACCAGACCAACCCACAGCUGAUGAAGAAGUGAAAAAGUCAGACACACCAGAGGAUGAGGAACCAAAAUCAGAGAUUCCUGAGAAGACAGACGCAGAUAAACCAGAGGACCUGGAAAGUAAACCAGAAAUGGUGGAAGAUAAACCAGACGAGGUGGAAGUUACAGCUGAACAGACAGAUCAACAGAAAGCUGAACCGGAGAAAGCAGUGGAAGAGAACAAACCACCCACACCUCAACCACAGGAGGGCACUGUGAAAGUUUACGUGACAACUAGUGCAGCCCCAGACUGCGGAACCAAUGACCAAGUGACCUUGACCGUGUAUGGAGAUGCGGGGAAUUCUGGUCCCCUCACUCUAGGGGAACCAAACAAGGGGUAUUUCCAGCCAGGACAAACCGAUGAAUUCUUAGUCAAUUUUGACACAGAAGAACUCGGAGGAAUCCGUAAAAUCCGGAUUGAGCACGAUAAUCCGCACACACAGUCUGGAUGGGGUCUGGACAAGGUUAUCCUGCACAACCUAAAGUCUGAUGAGAGAUACGAGUUCCACAUCGGUAAAUAUCUGUCCUUCUCCGGUGAAUACGGUGACAUCGCAGUCGAGGUGCCGGCAGAGAAUGACUCCCGUGACUUCUGGCCAGUUCGCCAUUAUGUGGUUGCCGUGGAGACAGGAACAGAGGAGAAUUCUGGAACAGAUGCCACAGUUCACAUCACGCUAUUCGGGACUCUGGGUGACACAGGCAGGCGCUACCUGAUCAACAACAAAGAACAAAACAAGAAAUUCAGGACGGGAAAAGUGGACACAUUCAUUGUUGAAGCUGUUGAUCUAGGACGCCUGGAAAACAUUAUAAUAGGGCAUGAUGGGAAGGGAAUGGAGGGGGCGUGGUUCCUUGAGAAAGUGUCUGUAAAAGAGGGAGUUGAUGCCAAACACAAAUAUAUCUUCACAUGUAACAGCUUGUUACAGGAUGAAGAGGACUAUGGUAUUGUGGAGGUCGAGCUUUACAUGGACAGGAUGGAGAAGGAAAACUCUAACUUACAGAAACAGAACCUGAAUACUGUUGAUGGGGAGGACUCCAAAGUGGAUGGAGGGGAGGAAUCCAAGGGAGAAGGAGGGGAACAGGGGAGGGAUGAGGAGAUUAAAGAGGACCUGAGGAGUACAGAGGGUGGGGGAAUAAAAGAGGAUGAAGUGACUGAUACAAACAAAGAAGAGGUGAUAAAGGAUACCACUACAGAGAGUAGACAGGGUGAGGACGUGACUGAGGACCAGAAUAUUGAGGACAAUAAAUCUGGAAUUGAAGACAAUACAGAAAGUGAAAAUAAGAAUAGUGUCCCUGAGGACCACUAUGUAGAUUUGAAUAAAAAUGAAAGCGAGGGCAAAACAGAAAGUGGAAUUCAGAAUAAAAUCAAUGAGGAUGAUGUAGACAAUGAUAAAAGAAAUGAGGACACAAGUAAAGCCAAAAAUGAGGACCAGGGAGAAGUUAAUGAGGACAUCAAUGUAGACCAUGAAAUAGAGAGUGAGGACAAACAUAAAACUGAACGUGAGGACACAAAGAAAACUGAAAGUGAGGCCACUAACAAAACUGAAAGUGAGGCCACAAAUAAAACUGAAAGUGAGGACCAGAUUAAAGCCACUGAGGACAAAAGUUGAUACAAAGAAGAAUGAUAUAUAGCAUAUUAUACUCUGGUUCUAUGUAUGCACUUCACUAUGCAAUCCUUUGUUCUAUGUCACAAUACUUAGCAAACACUCUAGUGCCAAAUGAUAUUUCUGUCAUGUCUGUUACAACAGAGUUUCAUCCUUCCAGAGACAUCACCUUUCUAUAAUUAUUCACUAUUAAAUUAAUUUUUUUUCACUUCAUGAGUAAUAGUAUAUAUCAAAAUCUUCCUGUGAUAAUCAAAAUGUCUGUGAUAAUGAGAGUCUGUAUUCUGUUUAUAUUUGUAUACAAU